CAUUUUUCGAGUAAACGCGUAACGCGAGUUCCUGUAGUGGAAAGUGAUCAUCUCCCGUUCGAGAUAGAGGAAGUAAGAGAAGCAGUCAGUCAGUUCUAGAAAAGUUCUUUUGCAGUUAAGUGUUCUGUUUUCACGACAAAUUAGUUAAUCACACAAAGAUGGCCAAAGCACCAGCAGUCGGUAUCGAUCUUGGAACCACCUACAGUUGCGUGGGAGUUUUCCAGCACGGCAAGGUAGAAAUCAUCGCCAACGAUCAGGGUAACCGAACGACGCCGUCCUAUGUGGCGUUCACCGAUACCGAGCGUCUGAUCGGCGAUGCCGCCAAGAACCAGGUCGCCAUGAAUCCCACAAACACCAUCUUUGACGCUAAGCGAUUGAUCGGUCGUAAGUUCGACGAUGCCACCGUACAGGCCGAUAUGAAGCAUUGGCCGUUCGAGGUCGUGUCGAUCGAGGGCAAACCAAAGAUUCAGGUCGAGUACAAGGGAGAGACAAAGAACUUCUUCCCGGAGGAGAUCAGCUCAAUGGUUCUGACCAAAAUGAAGGAGACUGCCGAAGCUUAUCUGGGCAAGACGGUAACCAAUGCCGUCAUCACCGUUCCUGCUUACUUCAACGAUUCUCAGCGUCAGGCGACCAAAGAUGCCGGAACGAUCGCCGGUUUGAAUGUGUUGCGUAUCAUCAACGAACCGACAGCUGCCGCUAUCGCCUAUGGUCUGGAUAAGAAGACUGCCGGUGAACGCAACGUACUUAUCUUCGAUCUUGGAGGCGGUACCUUCGAUGUUUCGAUUCUGUCGAUCGACGAUGGUAUUUUCGAGGUCAAGUCCACCGCUGGUGACACCCAUCUUGGUGGAGAGGACUUCGACAACCGGCUGGUGAAUCAUUUCGCCCAGGAAUUCAAGCGUAAGCACAAGAAAGAUCUGUCGACAAACAAGCGUGCCCUGCGUCGUCUCCGUACGGCAUGCGAACGCGCGAAGCGUACUUUGUCGUCGUCGACUCAGGCUAGCAUUGAGAUCGACUCGCUGUUCGAGGGCACAGACUUCUAUACCUCAAUCACCCGUGCCCGUUUCGAGGAGUUGAACUCCGAUCUGUUCCGCUCAACCAUGGAACCGGUCGAAAAGGCCAUCCGUGAUGCUAAAAUGGACAAAGCUAGCAUUCACGAUAUCGUCUUGGUAGGUGGCUCAACCCGUAUUCCAAAGGUGCAGAAGCUGUUGCAGGACUUCUUCAACGGUAAGGAGCUUAACAAAUCGAUCAACCCUGAUGAGGCUGUUGCUUAUGGUGCUGCUGUUCAGGCCGCCAUCCUGCACGGAGACAAGUCCGAGGAGGUGCAGGAUUUGCUACUGCUUGACGUCACUCCUUUGUCGCUCGGUAUCGAGACCGCUGGAGGAGUAAUGAGCGUUCUUAUCAAGCGUAACACCACCAUCCCAACGAAGCAGACUCAGACUUUCACCACAUACUCGGACAACCAACCUGGUGUGUUGAUCCAGGUGUUCGAAGGUGAGCGCGCCAUGACCAAGGACAAUAAUCUGCUCGGAAAAUUCGAACUGUCUGGAAUUCCACCAGCGCCCCGUGGUGUGCCACAGAUCGAAGUCACUUUCGAUAUUGAUGCCAACGGUAUCCUGAACGUAACUGCCUUGGAGAAGUCGACCAACAAGGAAAACAAGAUUACUAUUACCAACGACAAGGGUCGUCUCAGCAAGGAGGACAUCGAACGUAUGGUAAAUGAAGCCGAAAAGUACCGUUCGGAAGACGAAAAGCAAAAGGAAACCAUUUCCGCUAAGAAUGCUUUGGAGUCGUACUGCUUCAACAUGAAGGCUACCAUGGAAGACGACAAAUUGAAGGAUAAGAUCAGCGACAGUGACAAGACUCUGAUUAUGGACAAGUGUAACGACACCAUCAAGUGGCUGGACGCCAAUCAGUUGGCCGAGAAGGAAGAAUACGAACACCGUCAGAAGGAGCUGGAAUCCGUCUGCAGUCCCAUCAUCACCAAGUUGUACCAGAGCGCUGGCGGUGCCCCAGGAGGCAUGCCUGGAUUCCCAGGUGGUGCCCCGGGAGCUGGAGCUGGUGGCGCUGCACCUGGUGCCGGGACCGGUUCUGGGCCUACCAUCGAGGAGGUCGAUUAAAUGCAGCAAUUAGAAAAUACAUUUUUAACUCAACAAUAGCUGAAAUUUCAGCAGUAUUUUUGCUAGAAAAGGUAAACAAUUUUUACAAACGUAAUUUGUCACGUCAUUCCGCUUUUGAAUCGAAUGCGAACGGUUGCAUUUUAAAAGCAUCGAGUUCAGUUUUGAUUUUGUAAGUUUAAUGCUACCAUUUUUCAAUUGCCAGAGAGAAUAAAAAACAGUCCACAAUAGAAAAAAAUAAACUGUUCAAAAUGAGUUAAG